UCCUAACUCAUGGUCAAUUCCACUGGACCGUAAAGAGGAAGUACAAGCACUUCCAGGAGUUGCAUCGAGACCUUUACAACCACCGGAUGAUGAUUCACCUUCUGCCUUUGGGAAGAUUUGCCAAGGAGAGGCAGCAGCUGAGGGCCAUGUCUGAGGAAAUGCCCAGCCUACGGGGGACUCAACGGACCAGAAUGACCUCCAGCAAAAUGAAAUACCUUGAAGAGUACCUGAAUGAUCUGCUUGAGAACAGGUUCUGUAGGAAUGACCACAGCAUGCUGGAGUUCCUCUCCGUUGGUGCCCUCUCCUUUGUCACGGAUCUUGGGCCCAAAGGCUUGGAAGGGCCCAUCUUCAAGAGGUCGGGGGGUCACCGCAUUCAAGGUUUGAAUUGCAUCGGCCAUCAUCAGUUCUGCUUCCGCUGGUCACGCCGCUGGCUGGUGGUGAAAGAUUCCUUCUUGAUGUACAUGAACCGAGACAACGGACGCAUCAACUUUGUUUUGCUGUUUGACCCCGAGUUCACUGUGAAAGUGGGCCGUGCUUACACAGACACUAAAUAUGGAGUAUGCAUCGAGAACUUCACUCGGAAUCUGGUCAUCAAAUGCUGUAGCUACCGACAAGCGCACUGGUGGAGUCACGAAAUCAACCGGCUAGCUGCAACCUGCCAUUUUCUCAAAGUGCAACGCUUCGAGGGAUUUGCUCCGCCACGGGACAACACACUAACAAAAUGGUAUGUAAACGGGAGCGGCUACUUUACCGACCUUGCUGACGCUCUUGAGCAAGCAAAAGAGGAAAUCUUUAUCACAGACUGGUGGCUCAGCCCUGAAGUGUUCCUGAAGAGACCAGCUACUGAUAACGUCUGGCGCUUGGAUGAAGUACUCAAACGCAAAGCUGAUCAAGGAGUGAAAGUGUGUGUUUUGCUUUACAAAGAGGUGGAGCUCGCACUUGGCAUCAAUAGUGAGCACAGUAAGAGGACUCUCAUGGAUAUGCACCCAAACAUCAAGGUAAUGAGACAUCCUGACCAUGUGUCGUCGGUGGUGUUCCUUUGGGCUCACCACGAAAAGAUGGUGGCCAUUGACCAAACCGUAGCCUUUGUCGGGGGAAUUGACCUGGCAUUUGGGAGGUGGGAUGACAGCCAGUACCGGCUAACUGACCUCGACUCCACAGACACUGCUGCAAAGGUGACCGAGACCGAGCCACAAGGAGAUCCAGAUUUCCCGCUCACACUAACUGACCAUGUGCACCGGGGAAACGGUUCGGCUGGUCCAAAACCGUCUGAGGAUCAAACUCAGGAGGUUGUGGACUUGACAGGCAACACCAAAUUGUGGCUCGGCAAAGACUACAGCAACUUCAUUUGGAAAGACUGGGUCCAGCUGGACAGACCAUUUGAAGAUAACAUUGACCGUACGAGAGUUCCUCGCAUGCCGUGGCGUGAUCUGUCGGCAGCUCUUCACGGCAGAGCAGCCAGGGAUGUGGCUCGUCACUUCAUCCAGCGCUGGAACUUCACGAAGAUCUUCAAAAACAAGUACAAGGACGAUUUCUACCCCUACCUUCUCCCCAAAUCUCUUUGUUCUGCCGACACACUUUCUUUCACCGUACCUGGGUCCAAGGAGGCCAAAGUGCAGGUGUUACGUUCUGCAGAUCGUUGGUCCGCUGGUACUUGUGAGAACUCAAUCCUCAAUGCCUACAUCCAUACCAUUGAGAGCAGCCAGCACUACAUUUACAUCGAGAACCAGUUCUUCAUCAGCUGUGCUGAUGGCAAGACAGUCCACAAUGGGAUCGGCGAUGCCAUUGUGAACCGAAUCCUGCGUGCGUACAGAGAGCAGAAGAAGUAUAAAGUGUUUGUGGUGAUCCCACUUUUGCCUGGAUUUGAGGGAGACAUCAGUACCGGAGGUGGAAACGCGAUCCAAGCCAUUCUUCACUUCACUUACAGGACUAUAUGCCGGGGAGAACAGUCCAUCCUGUCAAGACUCAGUGAAUUGGAGGACAGGUGGACCGAGUACAUCACAGUCUGUGGCCUGAGAACACAGGCGGAACUCUCCCAGUCGCUUGUCACUGAGCUCGUCUAUGUUCACAGCAAGACCCUCAUCGCAGAUGACCGCUGCUACAUAAUCGGAUCAGCCAACAUCAAUGACCGCAGCAUGCUUGGGGAGCGAGACAGUGAGCUGGCAGUGUUUGUGGAAGAUGAAGAGAGGAUCCCAUCCAUCAUGGGAGGGGAGGACUACGAAGCAGGACCACUGACGCUUGCUCUGCGCAAGGAGUGCUUUAGUGUUCUCGUUGGUGCUGCUUCAGACCCCAGCAUCAAUAUUGAUGAUCCAAUCAGCGAUGACUUGUUCUUCUUGCUGUGGAAUUCUGCCGCCAAGCUCAAUGCCACUAUUUACAACAAGGUCUUCUGCUGCCUCCCGUCUGAUUGCGUCCACAAUAUGCAAGAGCUGAAGGAGUACACCAGCAAGGAGCGCCUCUGUGACACAGACCCCGAAAAGGCCCGGGAAGAGCUCAAGGCGGUCCAAGGACUGCUGGUCCACUUCCCUUUGAAGUUCUUGUGUGAAGAGAACCUGCUGCCUUCGCUGGGCACCAGGGAGGGCAUGGCCCCUGUUGGGCUGUGGACGUAGCUCCGGCGCAGCCCGUUCCGACUACGACCUCACGGCUUAGGGCUCCAUUACAGCUAACAUUCUGUUCACUUAACUGACGGUAAAUGUCGGCGGCCUCUGCAAUUCCAGUGGUAAGGAGAAUCCAACUUUGUAACCUUGUUCACAUUGACCGCUGAAAUGUAGACUUUAUGACUGACACUGAGACUAUUUGAAUGAUAUUAACGGGCCAGUUUCUUUAGCAUCUGCUUUUACUAUGUCCGCAAUUCCUCUCAUGUGAUUUGGUUACACAAUGUACUGUACAUUGAUUGGAGCACUAUGUUUAGGGUCUUUCCUCUUCCUUUCUCUGUCUCCCUCCCUCUGAGGCUUCACCCCUUACGGCAGUGCCAGCAAAUCUGUCAGAAAAUGUGUGGUUGUUAUGGUGAUGGAUACACACACACACACACACACACACACAAAAAAAAGAAAUGCUGGAAAAUAGACUGGGUGAGACAAGUGGGAAUAACAUGUCCAUUCAUGCAAGUGCAAGUUAUUUUUAAAUGUUUUUAUUACGCUGUUUGCAGAUUUCACUUUUACUUGUUUUAAGAUGCUUAUGUCCACCAACUAAAUUGUUGAAUUCAUCUUGUCCAUUCCACCAAACAUCCCUUUCACUUUGACUACAUAAUGAAGCGUUGAUGUUUGAAUUAUUGAACCACUAGAUUCCCAUUUGGACUCCACAAUUCUGUGCCCAGCUGCCUUCCAUGUCAACAGCGUGAUCACUUCAUGUAGGAAGACGUGCUCGUGUGUCCAGUAUGUGCGUUACGUUCAUCAUAACACUGUAAAGUAGUGAGUCGCAUUUGUAGAAUUUCUACGGUCAUGUCAAAACUGUUGCGAUAGACAUUUAGUAUGUCACGGUUACAAUGACGCUGUUCCAAAUAGACUGUCGCUAACGUAUGUAUUUAAUUUUCGAUUUCUGUGAUGAAGCCAUAUGGCAGCAGCAGUGAUAUAUAAAAACACAAUUAUAGUCAGUUAAAACUUGGUGUUGCCAUUUUACUUGGAGACUAUUGUUGACCAAUCUAGAACAUUAUUGCACGUGAACAAAUGCAGUAUUGGUCAAAGAGAAAUGGCACUCGCUGAUUUGGAACACUGUAAUAUUUCCAUCGAGGGUGCACGAUGCAAUGAUGACUUCUUAUUGCAGACAAAUUGUGCUUGUGAUGGAAAUUACUUUUCAAAUGGACAGUACAGUUGUCCUACUGGGAUUUUAGGUCGCCAAUAUCAUAUUUGUCUCAUCUUCUCCAAUGUGUAAAAAUAGUUGAUCCUGCUUUCAAAUAUAUACACAAUAUAAUUUUCACCUUUUGUACUAUUACUAUUGAUAAUGUCGACCCAGAUCGUUCUGCAUUUUCAAGCGUCGUCCUUGGCUAAGAAGGCCAAGAAUGUUCUCAUUUGACUCUGCAACAAGCUGGCAAUGUGUAGUUUUAUUACGUCCAAUACGAAAUUGAUGUGCACAAACCUUUAGCAAAGCCAGCAAUAUUGAACAGACUGCAUAUCAAGUGCCUGAAUCAUGACCAGCAUAAACACAAGUCAAAACCCACCAGUGUCGUUCUGUGUGAAGGACCGCACGGGUUUUUCGGGGCUACAAUGUCUAUCUACAUCUUCCUCGUACUGUACAUGGCUGUGAUGUAAUGACAAAUGACCUUUUAAAAUGUUUGCAUUGCACGAAUUACAUUGUCACGCCCAGAUUUCACAAAUGUAUCACUAAUGCUUUUCUUAUAUAAACUUUACGUAUGUUCAUUUGUACGCUUCGGUCAUUCCUUCCCAAUGAAUUGUGUCACUAAUGCUCAGGGUUUGUGAUGUCUAUUAAAACAAUUAAUAAACCUGCAUUAAA